CGAAAAAGGCACAUUCUGUAUAAACAAAAGUAGGUAGGCGGCAUUUUGCUGCACUCCCUGAUUUUGUUUUUAUACUGCCAAUGCUGAAAAAGACUGAUUGGGCUUUCCUGCAAAUUUGCACAGUUCCUGUUUAAAAAGGGCUUCAGUCUCAUUUUAUCUCCAUGUGUUUCUGUGGAACUCUCUUAGAAAAAUUAUAUAUUUCAUUAUUUCACAUUUAAAAAAUAUAAACCUGUUUUUCACUGAAUAAAAGAAAGUUAUUAAAUGUUAAAGUUGUGAAGUAGCUGAAUGAGAUGAAACUAUCUGAUUAAACAACAUAAUAACACUGAUAUUUAAUGUUAACGUUCAGUUACACUCUGGGACACAGAGCGGUCGGCUCUGACUCUGAGCCCGACGGGUUCGAAGGGUUAAAAUGUUUCUGUGUUAUCAUCCUCAUGUCGAACUGAGACUGAGAUUAAAACUCUGAUUCCAGUGUGUCUGGUUUCUAUUUACAGGCUGAGAGCUGAUGAGUCCAGACUGUCUCAGAUAAAGAGACAGAAACACUUCAGCCAGUCAGGACACACUACACACACACACACACACACACACACACACACACACACACACACACACACUCUUCAAACCUCACAAAGGAGUUUGAUCAUGUUUCAUUCACGGCCUGGUUUCUGAACAUUUUACUCCUUAAACAUGUUUUUUUUUUAAUCAAAUCAAACUUUAUUCAUUCAGCACCUCUCACACCUUCACGCAGCCCAAAGUGCUUCACACAGCUGCAGUAAAACAGCACAGAAGAAGUGACAAGUGAACAGGCAGACAUUACAACAAUAAACCAGAAAAUAUUUCAAAUAAAUAACAUUAAAAAAAGUGGAAAAUGCCAAAGAUGAGACUAAAAACUGAGGCAGUAAAUGACGAGGCACCGUGAAGUAAAUCAGGUGCAGUCAUGAUGUCUCGUCUGUCUCCUGUCAAACUGAUCUACCUGUGGGAACAGAUUAAACUGAACCUUGUUGUGUUUUAAAAUAUAAACCUGAGAUAUCCAACCUGUGUUUUAGAUGUAGUAUAGAAGAGGGUUCAUUCCUACACUGCACUUGGUUAUGCGCAAAACUUAACACAUUCUGGCAUGAUUUUUCUGACAUCAUUACAAAACUCCUAGGACUGCAUCUCCCAUUAGAUCCUCAAACCUGCUUAUUGGGAGAUACUACAAAUAUUGAUGCACGAUUAAGAAAAGCUCAAAAGAGGUUCCUCUCACUGGCCUUGUGCGUUGCCAGGAAGUGCAUCGCCAUCACGUGGAAGUCUGACUCCCAACUUUCUAUAGGAAGAUGGAUUUCAGAAAUGAAUAGCUGUGCUCCACUUGAAAAAAUUACAUAUACACUCAGGAAUGACUAUAAUACUUGUACAGAGAUGUGGCAGCCUUAUUUAGCAUAUAUGGACACAUUGCCAGCUUCUAUGGUGGAUGGGUUGUAGUUUUUGCAAGCUCUUUGUUGUCAGUGCUUACUGCUGUCUUCCUUGCCUCUCAACCGUUGUGUGUUUUUUUUUUUUUAAUCAUUAUUAAUAUUAUUUUCAUUAUUUAUUAAUUUAAUUAUCUAUUUAUUUAUUUUUUCUCCUCCUCUCUCUCUUUCAGUUUGUGGGUGGGUUGGGGAAGGGGUUUGGAGUUGUGUGUUUGUGUUUUCAUGUAUAUCUUAUUGAAUUGAAAGCUGAAAAAUAAAAUAUUCAAAAAAAAAAAAAACCUUGUUGUGUUUUAAACCAACGUCUGCUUUUUAAAUUAAUGUUGAGCUGCAGCAGGUGAAUGAUGAUGAUACUGAAGAGGAACUGGCCGAGUGGAAGCUUCAGUCCUGUGAGGACUCAGGAGAAGCUGAGUCUAAAUGGAGAGGUGUCAGGAGUCCAUAUCGGCCGGCUGAUAAACUGUGAAACUCUCCUUUUCCUAAAAUGGACUCUAACAGCCAAAGGUCCUGAAUCUGCCCUCACUCCGUGUCUUCUCAUCCGAGGACAAAUUUAGCGUCAUCCUCUGUUUUUUUUUCUUUCAGCGGUCAUCUCCUAAUUUGGUCCUCAGGGAGUCUUUAUAAACGUUCGCCUGCUGUGACGAGUCUGCAGCCUCCACAGAAAAGAUUCUUUCCUCUCAGACUGAUCUCACUGCCGUGUACCUACACCUCCACCAUGGGUGACCCUCUGAUGGCUGAGUUCGGGAAGGCUGCUCCCUUCCUGAGGAAGUCAGAGAAGGAGCGUCUGGAGGCGCAGACCAGAGCUUUUGACAUCAAGACUGAAUGCUUUGUGGUGGACGACAAGGUAGAAUACAUGAAGGGACAAAUCCAGAGCAAAGACGGAGCGAUGGUGACUGUCAAGAAGGAGGAUGGAACAACGGUGACUGUAAAAGAGUCCGACGUCCACCCCCAGAACCCGCCAAAAUUCGAUAAAAUUGAAGACAUGGCGAUGUUCACUUUCCUCCAUGAGCCUGCCGUGCUGUUUAACCUCAAAGAGCGUUACGCCGCCUGGAUGAUCUACACCUACUCCGGACUCUUCUGUGUCACCGUCAACCCCUACAAGUGGCUUCCUGUUUACGACGCCGAGGUGGUGGCAGCUUACAGGGGGAAGAAAAGAUCCGAGGCCCCCCCUCACAUCUUCUCCAUCUCUGAUAACGCCUACCAGUACAUGCUGACUGACAGGGAGAACCAGUCUGUCCUCAUCACCGGAGAAUCCGGCGCUGGGAAGACCGUGAACACCAAGAGGGUCAUCCAGUACUUUGCCAGCAUCGCCGCCGUCGGUGGAGGCAAAAAAGACACCAGCAAGGGGACGCUGGAGGAUCAAAUCAUCCAAGCGAACCCCGCGCUGGAGGCCUUCGGCAACGCCAAAACACUGAGAAAUGACAACUCGUCUCGUUUUGGAAAAUUCAUCCGAAUUCACUUCGGUACGAGCGGCAAGCUGUCAUCUGCUGACAUCGAGACGUACCUGCUAGAGAAGUCACGUGUCACCUUUCAGCUCAAAGCUGAGAGGAACUACCACAUCUUCUACCAGAUCCUGUCCAAUCAGAAGCCAGAGCUGCUGGACAUGCUGCUGAUCACCAACAACCCCUACGACUACUCCUACAUCUCCCAGGGAGAGGUAACAGUCGCCUCCAUUAACGACUCGGAGGAGCUGAUGGCCACCGACAGCGCCUUCGACGUGCUGGGCUUCACUGCAGACGAGAAGAUGGGCGUCUACAAACUGACCGGCGCCAUCAUGCACUACGGCAACAUGAAGUUCAAACAGAAGCAGCGUGAAGAGCAGGCGGAGCCGGAUGGGACAGAGGCUGCUGAUAAAUCAGCUUACCUAAUGGGGCUGAACUCUGCUGACCUCAUCAAAGGGCUGUGUCACCCCAGAGUCAAGGUAGGAAAUGAAUACGUCACCAAAGGUCAAAGUGUGGAUCAGGUGUACUACGCCCUCGGUGCUCUGGCUAAGUCAGUGUACGAGAAGAUGUUCAACUGGAUGGUGGUGAGAAUCAACCAAUCCCUGGACACCAAACAGCACCGUCAGUACUUCAUAGGAGUGCUGGACAUCGCUGGAUUUGAGAUCUUUGAUUUCAACACUUUUGAGCAGCUGUGCAUCAACUACACCAACGAGAAACUACAACAGUUCUUCAACCAUCACAUGUUCGUUCUGGAGCAAGAAGAGUACAAGAAAGAAGGUAUUGAUUGGGAGUUCAUUGACUUUGGGAUGGAUUUACAGGCUUGUAUCGACCUCAUUGAGAAGCCUUUGGGGAUCCUGUCGAUUCUGGAGGAGGAAUGCAUGUUUCCCAAAGCCAGCGACCAGACCUUCAAGUCCAAGCUCUACGAUAAUCACCUGGGCAAGAACAAGAUGUUUGAGAAGCCAAGGGCUGCGAAGGGGAAAGCAGAGGCUCAUUUUGCCCUGGUUCACUAUGCCGGCACGGUGGACUACAACAUUGGGAACUGGUUGGUCAAAAACAAAGACCCCCUGAAUGAAACUGUGGUCGGUCUUUUCCAGAAAUCAUCUCUGAAGCUUCUCAGUCUGCUGUUUUCUACCUACACAGGUGCUGACGGUGGUGACAAAGCAGGCGGCAAAGGAGCCAAGAAGAAAGGUUCCUCAUUCCAGACUGUGUCUGCACUUCACAGGGAAAACCUCAACAAGCUGAUGACCAACCUGAAGACCACACAUCCUCACUUUGUCCGCUGUCUGAUUCCUAAUGAGAGGAAAACACCAGGGGUCAUGGACAACUGCCUUGUGAUGCACCAGCUACGCUGUAACGGAGUCUUGGAAGGCAUCCGAAUCUGCAGGAAAGGUUUCCCAAACAGGGUCCUCUAUGGAGACUUCAAGCAGCGGUACAGGAUUCUGAAUGCCUCAGCCAUCCCUGAAGGUCAGUUCAUUGACUGCAAGAAGAGUGCUGAGAAGUUGCUGGGGUCACUGGACAUCGAUCACACUCAGUACAAGUUUGGCCACACCAAAGUCUUCUUUAAAGCCGGUCUGCUGGGAACACUGGAGGAGAUGAGGGACGAGCAACUCUCUCGCAUCAUCACCAGGAUCCAGGCUAACGCCCGGGCAAUCCUCAUGAGGGCAGAGUUUGCUAAGCUUGUUGAACGCAGAGAUGCCCUGAUGGUGAUCCAGUGGAACCUUCGCUCUUUUCUAGGUGUAAAGAACUGGCCCUGGAUGAAGCUUUUCUUCAAGAUCAAACCUCUGCUGAAGAGUGCCGAGUCUGAGAAGGAGAUGGCAAACAUGAAGGAUGAAUUCAACAAGCUGAAAGAAGCCCUGGAGAAAUCAGAAAGUAGACGGAAGGAAAUAGAGGAGAAAAUAGUGACUCUUCUCCAAGAGAAGAACGAUCUGACUCUGCAGAUUCAGUCUGAACAGGACACACUGACAGACGCUGAAGAACGCUGUGAACAGCUCAUAAAGAGCAAGAUUCAACUAGAAGCCAAGCUGAAAGAGAUGACAGAAAGACUGGAGGAUGAAGAGGAGCUGAAUGCAGAUCUCACAGCUAAGAAACGGAAGCUUGAAGAUGAAUGCUCCGAGCUGAAGAAAGAUAUCGAUGAUCUGGAGCUGACUCUGGCCAAGGUUGAGAAAGAGAAACAUGCCACAGAGAAUAAGGUUAAAAACCUGACAGAGGAGAUGGCGUCCCAGGAUGAAAAUAUCAUGAAGCUGACUAAAGAGAAGAGGGCGCUACAGGAGGCUCACCAGCAGGCACUGGAUGACCUUCAGAGUGAAGAAGACAAAGUCAACAGUUUGACCAAAGUCAAAGGUAAACUGGAGCAGCAGGUGGACGAUCUGGAGGGCUCACUGGAGCAAGAGAAGAAAGUCCGAAUGGACCUGGAGCGCUCAAAGAGGAAGUUCGAAGGAGACCUGAAACUGACUCAGGAGAGUUUGAUGGACGUGGAAAAUGACAAACAGCAGCUGGAGGAAAAACUGAAGAAAAAGGAUUUUGAGAUUGUCCAAAUAAAUUCAAGACUAGAAGACGAGCAGGUUGCUUCAGUUCAGCUCCAGAAGAAGCUGAAAGAAAACCAGGCCAGAAUCGAGGAGCUGGAAGAGGAGCUGGAUGCAGAGCGUGCAGCCCGGGCCAAAGUUGAGAAACAGCGCUCUGAUCUUUCCCGUGAGCUGGAGGACAUCAGCGAGCGCCUAGAGGAGGCAGGUGGAGCGACAUCAGCACAGGUGGAGCUGAAUAAAAAGAGAGAUGCUGAAUUUCAGAAGCUGCGUAGGGAGCUGGAGGAAUCUACGCUCCAACACGAGGCCACUGCUGCCUCCCUGAGGAAGAAACAUGCCGACAGCGUCGCCGAACUGGGCGAACAGAUUGAUAACCUGCAGCGUGUGAAGCAGAAGCUGGAGAAGGAAAAGAGCGAGCUGAAGCUGGAGCUGGACGACUUGUGUUCCAACAUGGAGAGUGUGGUGAAGGUCAAGUCAAACAUUGAGAAGAUGUGUCGUACGAUGGAAGACAACAUGAAUGAGUACAAGAGUAAAUAUGAAGAAUCUCAGCGCACCAUCAAUGACCUGACUACCCAGAGGGCCAAGCUGCUCACUGAGAAUGGUGAGUUUGGACGUCAGCUGGAGGAGAAAGAGAGUCUGAUAUCACAACUGACCAGAGGGAAGAAUUCGUACAACCAGCAGGUAGAAGAUCUCCGCAGACAGCUGGAAGAGGAAGUCAAGGCCAAGAAUGCCCUCGCCCACGCUGUACAAUCUGCUCGUCACGACUGCGAUCUGCUCCGAGAGCAGUUUGAGGAGGAGCAGGAGGCCAAGGCUGAGCUGCAGAGAGCUCUGUCCAAAUCUAACACCGAGGUCUCAGCAUGGAGGACAAAGUAUGAAACCGAUGGAAUCCAGAGAACAGAGGAACUGGAAGAAGCAAAGAAGAAGCUGGUGCAGAGACUGCAGGAGGCCGAGGAGGCCAUCGAGGCUGUGAACGCAAAGUGUUCAUCCCUUGAGAAGACCAAGCACCGCCUCCAAAAUGAGAUUGAAGACCUGAUGCUGGACCUUGAGAGAUCCAAUGCAGCAUCUGCAGCUCUGGACAAAAAGCAAAGGGCCUUUGACAAAGUCAUGGCAGAGUGGAAGCAGAAGUUUGAGGAGUCGCAGUGCGAGCUGGAGGCUUCUCAGAAGGAAGCUCGGUCUCAGAGCACUGAACUCUUCAAACUGAGGAACGCCUAUGAAGAGUCACUGGAUCAACUUGAGACGAUGAAGAGAGAGAACAAGAAUCUCCAAGAGGAGAUCUCUGACCUCACCGACCAGCUGGGGGAGGGCGGCAGGAGCGCUCAUGAACUGGAGAAGAUGCGUAAGCAGCUCGAGCAGGAAAAGGCGGAGCUGCAGUCGGCACUUGAGGAGGCAGAAGGUUCUCUGGAGCACGAAGAGAGCAAGAUCCUCCGCGCCCAGAUGGAGUUCAACCAAGUGAAGGCCGACAUGGAGCGCAAGCUGGCUGAGAAAGACGAGGAAAUGGAGCAGGCAAAGAGGAACUACCAACGGAUGCUGGAGUCACUUCAGUCCUCUCUGGAAUCUGAAACCAGGAGCCGCAACGAGGCCCUGAGAGUCAAGAAGAAGAUGGAAGGUGACUUGAACGAGAUGGAGAUCCAGCUCAGCCAAGCCAACAGACAGGCAGCCGACGCCCAGAAACAGCUCAAGAGCCUCCAGGCCUUCCUGAAGGACUCUCAGCUGCAGCUGGAUGAUGCACAGCACGGCAAUGAUGACCUGAGAGAAAAUAUCGCUCUGCUGGAACGCCGAAAUAACUUGAUUCAGGCCGAGCUGGAGGAACUGAGGUCCGCCCUCGAGCAGACAGAAAGAAGUCGUAAACUGGCAGAACAGGAGCUUACUGACGCUACAGAGCGCAUGCAACUCCUGCACUCCCAGAACACCAGCCUGAUCAACCAGAAGAAGAAGCACGAAGCAGACCUCAUGCACCUGCAGACUGAGAUGGAGGAGGCCAUACAGGAGAACCGCAACGCUGAGGAGAAGGCUAAGAAAGCCAUCACAGACGCAGCCAUGAUGGCAGAGGAGCUGAAGAAGGAGCAGGACACCAGCGCCCAUCUGGAGCGCAUGAAGAAGAACAUGGAGCAGACCAUCAAAGACCUGCAGCACCGUCUGGAUGAGGCCGAGCAGAUUGCCAUGAAGGGAGGCAAGAAGCAGGUCCAGAAACUGGAGGCUCGCAUCAAAGAGCUGGAGAGCGAGCUGGAGGCAGAGCAGAGGAGGGGAGCGGAGUCCAUCAAGGGGGUUCGCAAGUAUGAACGCCGCAUCAAGGAGCUCACCUACCAGACUGAGGAAGACCGCAAGAACAUGGCUCGUCUCCAGGACCUGGUGGACAAGCUGCAGCUGAAGGUCAAGUCCUACAAACGUGCUGCCGAAGAGGCCGAGGAGGCAGCAAACACCAACAUGGCUAAAUUCCGCAAGCUGCAGCAUGAACUGGAAGAGGCUGAGGAGAGGGCUGACAUCGCAGAGUCACAGGUGAACAAGCUGAGGGCGAAGACCAGGGACGGGUCCUCCAAGAAGGGCCUGGACGAGUGAGCAGAGAGUCAGCAGCUCAGGUGUUUCUGAUGAUGGAGGAACGUCUGUGAUCACCGUGGAACCAGAAGACAACACAAACGGUUCUUCUCUCAGUGUCACUGUGAAUUAUUAUUUAUCAUUAGUCGUUUGAAUUUGGAGACAGCACGUGUCUAUAGAUUAACUCUCUGAUUAGCCCUCUGUGGUACACAUGACGAUGCCAGUUGGUGACAAUGUAAACAUAAUUUAAAGAAAUUAGAAAAAAUUGUUUGGGUUAAACGUUCGGAUACGUUACCUUAAAGCAACACUGUACCAUGAUGGUCAAAAUAAAAAUUUAAAAAAAACAUGGUUUAUUGUUUAAAUUGUAUUAAAAUAUAAAAUUAAACUUGUGAAAUAUUCAAAAAAGUUUAACAUUCAUGCCUUUUGAAAAUGAUCAGUUUCUGAACAUUCCCCUCAGAUGACUGAAUGAGUUAAAGAGCACACUUCAGUUUAACGUGUGUGGACGGGGGCGGGGACAGAUCUCGACUCGAAGACAUCAGUUUUUAUUUUCUCCUGCAGAGACAAUAAGGCUCAUUAGUGACUCCUGUUUCUGCUCCUCUGCGCCCCCUGCAGGACAAACAGCUGUGAUCACACUUUCUCCUUCAGGUCCAAAUAUAUCAGUUUGACAUUAGAGUUAAGGAGCUGUUAAAAUGCUCCUGAUUCAACACUCAGUUCAAAUUAGAGCAGCAAAUGUCCUCACAACCAAAACAACUACAUUCAGAGGUAAAACACUGACACCUGCUGGGUGAAGUGUAAAAGUGCAGAGACAGAAAAUGAUUAUAUGAAACCUGCAGAAACAAAAUGACACAUUAAUGACCUCCUGUUCACCUUUCAUCACCUCUGCUCUGGUUUUAAAAACUGCAUGUGUCACGGUGGUCACAUGACACAAGGCAGCUCACAAAUGGUGGUAAAUUUCCCCUCGGGGAUUAAUAAAGUAUAAAGUAUAUAAAAAGCUGAGUGAAAAACGUCUAUGAAACUAAUAUGAGCGAUCAAAACGACACAAAACAACAUUUUUAAUGUGACUUACCGUCAGCAGUGUGACGGUCAGACAGGAGUAGCUACGGAAACCCAGGAGGUUCAGGAGAGGUGAUGUGCAGCAGGUUCAUUUCCAAAGGAAACAUUAGAAAUAACAGUAAAUAAAAUUAACUCAUAAAACUCACAAACACUCGACAGAAAUUUAAAAUGAUAAAUAAAUAAAGUUCAGCAACAGAAAUUAAUUAACUUUGUUUUAACUCAGUGACAUCACCAAACUUCACAUCAACAUUUAUCAUAGUUAAUUAUUAUAACUCUUUAAAACAUGACGGUGAGUCUGAUGAUUAGUUUAACAUUCACAGUCUGUGUUCAGCGUCCUGCUGAGUCUCUGCUGACACACUGCACGUCAGAUAUGUGUGUUCAUGUGUCACCUGUGAAUAUAACACAUUCUCACAAAUACAAAAAAAGUAAAAUCAAAAGGUGAUUUUGCAUAUUCAUAAAAGAUCUGCAGAAACACAAACACGUUCCAAAAAUUAAAAAAAUAACCGUGAAUAAAUUUAAUUGAUUUUCAAAUAAAUUAAAAACAUUUGCAACUUUUAAACAGAUAUUUGUUAUUAAUCCAGGUUUUUUUUUGUGAUUCUUGCAGAUUUGCAUUUUGCUCUGUCUUUAAAAAAAAAUUUUUUUUUGUAUAUUUGCAGAAUGUUUUUGAGUGUACAGAUCUGUUUUGUAUUUGUGGCAGGUGUUUUUUUUAUUCACAGAUGACACACUCACACAGACAUCUGUCUGAACACACAAACCAGUCUCUGUUUAUUCCUCACAACUAAAUUCUGAUUCAUUCUUAAUGACAUCAGCUGGAAGCGAAAAUUUUACCUCCACCCUCUGUGAAGAGUCACAUUAAUGUCACAUUCAAUCUGUGAAUGGAAUAAGAGUGUGUGUAGAAUAAGAACACACAGUCACACACUCACUGUUCAGUCAACUUUAUCACCGCUGACAUUUUUAAACUUCUUUGAGUUCAUCUGUGGAGAUAAAAAUAAAAUUAUGAUCAACGUUUGAACAAAAUAUAAACCAGAAACCGUCAUGCUGGGAUUCAGUAAAGGUACGGAGCUGCAUUUUAACGGUAAAAAAAUAAUAAAAGUUGACGGUUAUGGUGAACGUUAGCUUGUUGUCUACCAUAUUGAAAAAUAUCAUUAUUUUCCAAGAGGAGAUUUUUUACACAAACUUCAUGAACAAAAUGUUUCAGUUAUCAUAAUAAAACAUUUGUUCAACAACAGUAACUUCUGUUUUCCUUCCUUUGAGUCGCUCUGCAGCGCCACCUGCUGCUCACCUUCUUGCUCCUGCUGUGUCAGGUCUUUGCCUCCAUAUCUCUCAUCUCUUGUGACAAUAUACUUUUUUCCAGAUAGUUAAUAAACAGGAAAUCAACAACCUUUUCAGACCCUCUAGUUAUGGAGAGAGCUGACAGAGCCAUGUGAGGAAGACUCUGAAGAAGUGACUCAGCAUAUAAACACAACUGUUGGGUUUCUCUGUUUUAUUCUGUCUGGUGAUGAAGAUAGUCACACUGACGCAUGAUAUCUUCAUAUUGAUGACAUCACUCCAUUAAAUCACUAAACUAACCUGAUGUUCUGUUUCUUUGUUUAACUUUUAUCUAAAAUAAAAAUCAGGUUUAGUGUGAGUUCAUAUAAAAUACCUUCUGUCCAUGACGAUGGGCCCCUGAGCACAGACACACAGAAGGCCCCACCACCUCUGCUUCCCCUGACACUCUGGGCCCCUGACACUCUGGGCCCCGUUGGUCCGUUGAGUGAUCGACCCGGACUUCUGUCACAAAAAUAAAAUAUCACACGGUCAGAAUCAGAAACAGGUAAUUGAUCCCUGAGUGCUGUAGUGUUCACUACAGUAUAAACAUAGAAAGAAUUAUAGCUGCUGUGCAGCAACGGUCGGGGCCGGACUCAUAAUAUACAAAGGAAAGAAAAAACUCAAGAACAAGAAAGUAAGAAUAACAUUAACUGCUAGCAAUUAUGAACAAACUGGCCUGAUCCAGCUUAAAGCUAAACAUUAUCCAUGGUGACAAAGAUGAAAACGUUUUUAAAAUGUAAAAGUAGAUAUUGGAUAGACUCUGCAUAUUGACUGAUAGCUAAGCCAAAUAAACAGGGAAAAGAGACGAGGGAUAACAGGGAACAGUGUUGAUAAAGAGUAUUUGUCUCUCCGCAAAA